AUGCUGACCAUAAGUCAAGUUCUUUUAGGUUUGGUUGUAUUUCUUCUGAUUAUGCAGUUUUUAAAAUUGCAACGAGCCCGGAGAAAAUUUCCUCCAGGACCCGUCCCUCUCCCAAUUCUUGGAACUUUCCUGCAGAUGAACUUUCAAUUGAAUCGUGAUCUCCUCAUGAAGCUGGCAAAAAUUCAUGGCAACGUGUUCACUUUAUGGUUUGGCCGGGUCCCAGUCGUCAUACUGAAUGGGUUUCAGGCAGUGAAGGAUGGUAUGACUAUGCACCCUGAAGAUGUUUCUGGCAGACCGGUGUCUCCUUUCUUCAAAGCAAUGGCCAAAGGAAAAGGGAUUAUGCUGGCAACCGGUCACACCUGGAAGCAGCAAAGGAGGUUUGCACUGAGGGCUCUAUGCAACUUGGGUCUGGGCAAGAGAGACCUUGAGCGUCGAGUUCAGGAGGAGGCCCACUACCUGGUAGAGUUCUUUGCGAAUACGAAAGAGAAGCCUUUGGAUCCUUCUUUCCCGCUCUUUCAUUCAGUCUCCAAUGUAAUUUGUGCUGUCGUUUUUGGCCAUCGCUUCUCCAGUGAGGAUGAAACCUUCCAUGAGCUGAUUAGAGCUACAGAAUGUAUAUUCAGAUUUGGAGGCAGCUUUUUUCAUCAUCUGUACGAACUUUUUCCCCGGCUGAUCUGCCAUCUCCCUGGUCCUCAUGAGAAGGCAUUGGCCAGCUAUGAGAUCCUCAGCUCUUUUACAAGGAGGGAGAUCAGAAGGCAUAAGGAGAGAGGGAUACCAGAGGAGCCACAAGAUUUCAUUGACUUUUACCUAGCUCAUAUUGAAAAAUCCAAAGAUGAACCCAUGUCUACAUAUGAUGAUGACAACAUGGUUUAUUCUAUAAAUGACCUUUUCUUGGGUGGAUCAGAGACAAGCAGUACUACUUUGAACUGGGGACUGCUCUAUAUGGUGGUGAAUCCAGACAUUCAAGAGAAAGUGCAGAAGGAGCUGGAUGCUGUUUUAGGACCUUCCCAGUUAAUCUGCUAUGAGGAUCGCAGAAGACUGCCCUAUACAAACGCUGUGGUUCAUGAGAUUCAGCGCUUCAGCAACAUCGUCUUUGUUGGCAUGCCCAGAGUGUGCGUGAGGAACACAACGUUGCUGGGCUUUCCCCUCAGGAAGGGUACCACUGUUCUCGCAAAUAUUGCUUCUUCUUUGUAUGAUCCAGAGCAGUGGGAAACGCCUCGACAGUUCAACCCUGGUCAUUUCUUGGAUAAGGAUGGAAACUUUGUGAGCCCAGAAGCCUUUUUACCAUUCUCAAUAGGGCACCGUGUGUGUUUGGGGGAGCACCUAGCCAGGACUGAGCUCUUCAUUUUCUUUGCCAACCUGCUGCGGGCUUUCACCUUGCAGCUCCCCGAGGGAGUGACAACGAUCAACACAGAGCCCAUUUUGGGGGGCACCCUGCAGCCCCACCCAUACAGGCUUUGUGCCAUCCCGCGCUAG